UCUGCACAUGUGUGAUUGCUGGCACUAAGCAUGCACAUUGUUUUUGCAGAACGGAGAAGUGGAGCUGGUCUGGAGGCAGCGGUGGCCUUGCUCUACCUCUUUCGGUGGUGUAUACAGGACGGAGAAGUGGAACUGGCCUGGAGGCAGCAGUGGCCUUGCUCUACCUUUUGGUGGUGUAUACAGGUUGUUCUGCUCCGGCUUUGCACAGCUCCGACGCUGGCUGGACAUACUGUGCGUGUCUGCAGGCUCCGUGGCUUACCGGAGGAUAUACGGUGCGGCUUUGCUCCGUUGCCGCCGCUGCCACUGAAGUGUAAUGUUGUGCUGUUUGGAGCAGUGUUGUAAAAUUGAGUUGAGUUGGCUUCUUUUGCACCAGUUGUGUUCAAGCAAGCAGUGAUGUAGUCGAAUCGUAUUUGUCUCUAGCUGCUAGAGCCUAGAGCCCUUCCUUUAUGAUUUGCUGUGUGUUGUAAAUGCCCCAAAAAAUAUAGAAGUCCAUAUGCCAUUUAUUAA